GUGCGACAGCUGUCGGCGAGUAAUGAAUCGAUUCUAAUCGUUGGUGCUUGGUGGCCCCUGUGCUAAUCCAGGAGAGAGUGCAGUCUGCGGAUGUAAAGAGUUCAGUCAAUCAGGUAUUUUUGUUUUAUGUUCCUGAGGAGCAUCUUGGAAAUUUAACUAUACAUCAAUUGCAAGUUAUUGAAUGUGGUUCCAAAGCUGUUCUACACAAUUUCUUCCCGACCAAGAGCUGCCAGCUAUUGAGAAAAUACUAUUGCAGAAAGAUGAUCACCACAAAGCUGUUGACUCUGGUGAUGGUUGUAAGGCAACAAAAGAUCCUCCUGGGAUGGAAGAAACGGGGUUUUGGGGCCAAUCGCUGGAAUGGUUUUGGAGGCAAAGUGCAGCCUGGAGAAACCAUUGAAGAAGGAGCAAAAAGAGAAUUAUGGGAGGAGAGCAGUCUGACUGUGGACAGCCUGGAAAAAAUUGGACGAAUCAAGUUUGAAUUUGUAGAUGAGGCAGAACUACUGGAUGUUCACAUAUUCCUUACAGAUAGUUACAAAGGGGAACCAAUGGAAUCAGAUGAGAUGCGUCCACAGUGGUUUGACCUGCACAAGCUUCCAUUUGAUGAGAUGUGGGUUGAUGACAUCUACUGGUUCCCCUUGUUACUCCAGAAGAAACUGUUCAAGGGUUAUUUCAAGUUCAAAGGACAUUCCACUAUCCUGGAAUACACACUAAAGGAGGUGGAAGAGCUGGAAAUAGGAGAGUCCGGUUUCUGACAAUUUGUAAUCAUUUUCAAAUACCAUACAGGGAAAAGUGCAUUCUUGUAUCGACCAUGCCACCUUCACAAUCCUGCCAUCAGUCAUCCAACGCAUCUAUUUUCUUUUCCCAUGUGUUUUGAUGAUUUUCUUCUACUUGUCAGUUACUCAGCAUUGGGCCUAUCUGACACUCCAAUGAAAUUUAACCCUUGGAAUCAAGUGGAACUCUUUGCUUCACAAUACUGGAGCAAUAAAGAGAGAUUUGGAACUUUUGUUACUGGAUGUUUGAGACAUUGGAUUCCUUUUAAAUUUAACGAUCAGUUUGCUUAGAGGAAAAUAUUGGGUCUUUCUGGACUGUCAUUUGUAUCUGUAGUCAUAAGCAAAUUUCUUUUCUUUGUGAUACCAGCCAUUUUUUAAAAAAAGGAAAUUCCCAAAGCAAUAAAGAGUUCUUGUACUGUUCUAAAAAUGCCCACUAGAUGGUGCACAAGGGCAACUAUGUCAACAAUUUGAUUUGUUAAUACCAGUCAUGUUUUCUUUACUCAAACUGUCGAGUGCUUGCACAAGCUUUUUUUUAAAACAUUAAACAUCAAAUUUUAAUUCA